UGUCUAUAUUUACAAUCUCGGUGUAUAUUUACACUUUAUUGAUUUUGAUCGAAAAGAUAAAGUUGUCUUCAAAGUUACCAUUGAUGAUAUUUUCAAGGUUCCUGGUGAUUUAAAAGCUGUAUACGUUAUGUUCGCUAUUGCCGAGUUUGAAAGCAUAUUUUCCUUUUCACAAUAUAUGAAUUUGGAUAAUUCUCAUUUUGAGGUCAAGAACGAGUCGGAAUUGGAGUGUAAUUUGCGACCAUCUGUUGAAAAAGACCUUAAGGAUAACAAAUAUGUUUGUUGA